UUGUGAUAUGAGUUAUUUCCGAUGUGUGGAUAUUUAUGAAGAAACCUGUGACUCCACUGUAAUAUUUUUUUUUAUUUCUAAUACUUUCAUAAUAGCUACUCUAAAUAGGAGCCCCGCCACCGCCCCCCGCCCUCUCUUAGAAGAGGGUUUUCGUGUUGUUUUUCAGUGUUUUAAUGAGACUCCAGAGUGUGGAGUUGUUAUGCCACAGUUUGCGAGCAUCCACGACUCCGCUCGUCUUUGGUAUCUCAAUGACAAGUCUUCGAAAAUUCAUAUUUAUGCCACUUGGUCCAAGGUGCGAAAACGACACAGUAAACCCAAUUUACUGUUUGAAAACAGUGUUUCAAGAUGUCAGCCUGGCAAAAAUGUGGAAAAAGCCAAGCCCAGGGGCCAUGUGGAGAAAUGUAUGAGCUCCAUGCAGAUGGGAACCCAGAUGGUUAAGCUCCGCGGUGGCUCCAAGGGAUUGGUGCGGUUCUUCUAUCUGGACGAACACAAGUCUUGCAUCCGCUGGAGGCCCUCGCGCAAGAAUGAGAAAGCCAAGAUCUCCAUCGACUCCAUAAGGGAGGUAUGUGAGGGUAAGCAGUCUGAGAUCUUCCAGCGCUACGCAGAGGGCAGCUUCGACCCCAACUGCUGCUUCACCUUAUACUAUGGAGAGCAUAUGGAGUCCCUGGACCUGGUAUCUGGCACUGGGGAGGAGGCGCGAACCUGGAUCACAGGCCUCAAAUAUCUGAUGGCUGGCAUUAGUGAUGAGGACAGCCUGGCCAAGAGACAGCGUACCCGCGACCAAUGGCUGAAGCAGACCUUCACUGAGGCUGAUAAGAACGGCGAUGGCAGCUUAAGCAUCAGCGAGGUCCUACAGCUCCUGCACAAACUCAAUGUCAACCUGCCCCGACAGAAGGUCAAACAGAUGUUUAAGGAAGCAGACACAGAUGACAACCAGGGGACACUGGGCUUUGAGGAGUUCUGCUCCUUCUACAAGAUGAUGUCGACCCGCAGGGAUCUGUACCUCCUCAUGCUCACCUACAGCAAUCACAAAGACCACCUUGACACAGAUGACCUGGCCCGCUUCCUUGAGACUGAGCAAAAGAUGACCAAGGUGACCAAGGACCACUGUGUGGAGAUUAUCAACAAAUUUGAGCCAUGUUCUGAGAACCAGAAAGAAGGGGUUUUGGGAAUUGAUGGUUUUACAAAUUAUAUGCGCAGCCCAGCGGGGGACAUCUUCAAUUCAGAACACUACAAUGUGAACCAGGACAUGAACCAGCCGCUGUGCAACUACUUUAUCGCCUCCUCACACAACACAUACCUGAUGGGUGACCAACUGAUGUCACAGUCCAGGGUGGACAUGUAUGCCUGGGUGCUGCAGGCCGGCUGUCGCUGUGUAGAAGUGGACUGUUGGGAUGGUCAGGACGGUGAGCCUAUCGUCCACCAUGGCUACACCCUGACUUCCAAGAUUCUCUUCAAAGAUGUCAUUGAGACCAUGAACAAGUAUGCCUUCGUCAAGAACGACUACCCAGUCAUCCUGUCCAUAGAGAACCACUGUAGUGUUCCUCAGCAAAAGAAGAUGGCCCAGUACCUGACUGAGAUCCUGGGGGACAAACUGGACCUGUCCAACAUCAAAGCUGAGGAGUCUGGACGGCUGCCAUCACCAAAAACACUCAAGGGCAAGAUCCUCAUUAAGGGGAAAAAACUGCCUCCCAACAUCGAUGAAAACGCAGAGGAGGGAGACGUGUCGGACGAGGACAGUGCUGAUGAGAUGGAGGACGACUGCAAACUGAUGAACGGAGAUACGUCCGCCAACAGAAAGCAGGUGGAAAACAUGGCCAAGAAGAAGCUGGACAGCCUGAUGAAGGAGUCUAAGAUCCGAGACAGAGAGGACCCAGACAGUUUCACCAUCGCAGCCCUCCCUCCUGCUGGGAAGCCAACAGGCAAAACUGGCUCUAAGGCUAAAAGUGAGGAUGGAAUGGACACAGCGGACGAGGCUAAUCUGAGCAGCACCAAGCAAACAGGCCGCUCCUUCAUGGAGAGUUUCUCUAAACGCAAGAAAAAGUCAACCAAGCUGAAGAAGACAUCAAGCUUUGAAGACACAGAUACAGAUCAAGAGAGCACAAGUAGUGCCUCCCGAGCCCCCCUGCACCACAGCAAAAAGAAGAAGACCAUGAAGUUAUCCAGAGCUCUCUCUGAUCUGGUCAAAUACACGCGGUCUGUGGGUCUCUAUGAUAUCGAGGCACAAGCCAACUGUAGCUGGCAGGUGUCGUCGCUCAGUGAGACCAAAGCCCACCAGGUGAUGCAGCAGAAAGCUACGUCCUUCAUCCACUUCAACCAGCGACAGCUCUCCCGCAUUUAUCCCUCCUCUUAUCGCGUGGACUCCUCCAACUUCAACCCCCAGCCUUUCUGGAAUGCCGGCUGCCAGCUUGUUGCACUCAACUACCAAUCAGAGGGUCGGGUCCUGCAGCUCAACAGAGCCAAGUUCUACAGCAACGGCAACUGUGGAUACAUCCUAAAGCCUGCCUGCUUGUGUGAAGGUGCCUUUAACCCCAACCUGGAGGACCCACUGCCAGGUCAGAUGAAGAAACAACUGGUGCUGAAGAUCAUUAGUGGACAACAGCUUCCCAAACCCAAAGAUUCUAUGUUAGGGGACAGGGGAGAGAUCAUCGAUCCCUUCGUGGAGGUGGAGAUCAUUGGCCUCCCAGUGGACUGCUGCAAAGAACAGACAAGAGUGGUGGAUGAUAAUGGAUUCAACCCAAUGUGGGAGGAGACUCUAGUGUUUACAGUCCACAUGCCGGAGAUGGCCCUGGUGCGUUUCCUCGUUUGGGAUCAUGACCCCAUCGGCCAGGACUUCAUCGGCCAGCGCACCAUUGCCUUCAACAGCAUGAUGCCAGGUUAUCGCCACGUGUACUUGGAAGGUAUGGAGGAGGCUUCCAUCUUUGUUCAUGUAGCUGUGAAUGACAUCACUGGUAAGGCCAGAGCAGCCAGCGGCAUAAAAGGGCUGUUUCACAGAAACCCAAAGCAGGCUUCCCUGGACAGCCAUGCUGCUGCACAGCACAGCCAUAAGCAUCCAUUUGGUGCCCACCUCCUGCGUCGCACUGCCAGCGCACCUACCAAAGGCCAGCCUAAAAUCAAGAAGGGCUUCCCAGAGAUCACCAUCGACACCAAAGACUACAGCUCAGAGGGUGCUAGUGAGGAGCGAGAGUCUGAAGACAAGAACAGGGCCUCUGCUGCCACCUCUCAUCAGCUCACACCACCACAACACCGCUCUGGGGAUUCACUGGCAUCCCACCAAGUUAAGGGGCCCUGGCACUGUCCUGACACCAAUGGGUCUUUUCAGCCUGACGAGGGUAAAGACUGUUCCACAGUGCAAAGAUCUACUCCCCGUCUUCCAUUUCUUGCGCUGAACUCUGAUGGGGCCAGGAACACACGUUUCAUCCACUCUGUCUCCAGUCCAGAAGAGAUCCUGUUUUCACAUCACUCUUCAUCCACACCACUGCACUCACCAUCCACCGCAAUCAAUGCAGACUCCCCAUUGGCUGUUCCUUCUAAUGGGGUGGAGGACAGUCCUAUCAAGAUGAGCGGAGAUCCUAAGAAACCUCCUUGUCUUUCCAGAACCACAUCACUCCCUCUGACGGACCCUGCUUUGAAAACUUUCCCAUCGCAGUACAGUCAAGACACCCAGAUCAACAGAAUCAGUCAUUCACUCAUGGAGAACACACCAAACCACAGGGAAAACCAAGAAACUCUGACAAUGAAGAAAUAUGAUACAGGAGAGUUAAAGUCUGACCACAGAGUGGGGCCUCCUACUGCAGCAAUUUCUACUAGAACCCUUGCAGUCCCUGCAGCUCAGACAGCCCAGGCCAGAGGAGAGCUUUUUAGGAAUCUGGCAUCACACUCACCAGUAAGAAGAACAAAAAGUGAGGGCCAUGUUCAGGUGGCUGUAGCCUCAGCUGGGCAGGCACAGACAGCCGUACCAGAGGUCUGCACGGAUGCUACCAUGAACGACCGCCUUUGGAGCAAGCUGGAGCCAAGCAGCCACCGAGACAGUAUGUCCUCCUCCUCUAGCAUUUCUUCCAGUGACACCGUCAUUGACCUGUCCCUGCCUAACCUGGCCAGGAAGAGCCUCACCAACUUUCCCAAAGCCAGCAGCACCUGCAACCCUCCCUGGGUAAACUGCCGUCAUUCAGCAUUAGUUUCCUAUGAUGCUUUGCGCGUCAGCAAGAGCAAGUCAAACCCGAAUCUUCAGCAAAGUGAGUGCCCCGAAGAUGAGCUUAAGCCCCGACCUCUGCAUCCCCCCCAGGAAUCUUCUGCGGACACACCCAGCAAACUGACUCAAAGGAGGCACACCUGGAGCCGGCUCUACAUGGAAGGACUUAAGCAGUCUGCAGCCAGCAGGCUGUCCUCUGCAGCUGCAACCCCGGCCACAGCUUCCAUGUCCAAAAGCCUUGGUGAUCUGACUUCUGAUGACAUCUCCUGUAACUUUGACAGCAAGUACCACAGCAUCAGCCGCAGCUUUAUUGUUAGGCCAAACAGGGACCAGCUCCGCAAAGGCAGCCCACAGAAGUCUCAGCCACCCAGCAACCUGACAGAGCAACUACGGAAGCUGACUGAUGUUGAGCCCCUGACUGCUAGCGACUUCGCCCCAGAAAACAGGCCUAGAGAGUCACAGGAGGAGUCUGUGGAUGAGACCCUGGUCCGAAGGACCUCCUCGAGGAGCCAAAGCAGGGUGCGGUACAUCGCAAAGAGGGCUAAGAAGGCCCAGGAAAGGCAGCGGCUCCAGGGCCUGGUCCAGGGCAAAAGUGCAAGCUUUAGCCUUGCUGGUAACAUUGGCAGUGGAAGUAGUGCUAGCCCCAUUGAGGAGCGAGGGAACCCGGAAGGGGCAUGUUGCGUGGCCCGCAGUCCCUGCACCAGCCUGGACCUGCUGAGCCAGCUCACUCCCCAAGGACCCCCUUUUCCUAGACAGUCCCAGUCCUCCCCAGACCCUGAAAACAGUGAAGUCUUUUUCAUGCUCAAACUCUGAGAACUGGCUGACUUGGAACUGAGCGUGAGAGACACAGCUAGAAAUUUGUUUGGAAUACAGUCCAGUUUUUCUCAAGUAGAAAUCUUUUUCAGAAAACUGGUUCAUAUUGCAGAUUAUUUCGAUUUCUCACAGAAAACUGUGAUCUACUGAAUUAGUAACAAUCAAGAUGAACAAUCAAUUAUUAAUUUUGAGAUGGUGCAAAACCCGUUUUAUAAGCUGUGCAUUCACAAAACAUUUUCUCAAAGCUAAAGGAGGGUUCUCUUAAAAGAAACUAAUACAGCUCUGUUAUCUGUUUGCACCAAAUGUUAGAUAAUUGCCAGAAUGUAUUUAAUGAAAAAUACCAGGGGUUUUUAUAUGGCUGUUUAUGUUGACUGUGAUAUACUCUCAUGUGUGAGAAUUUUUGAAACUUUACAUGAGCAUACAGUAGCAAUAGAUGAAAACUAGAGGACAGGAUUUUACAAGAUCCAUUCUUUUUAUUUACUUAAACUGCAAUGAUAUACUUUAACUAAGUUGAAAAUUAAUACUUCCUUUCAAAGGGUUAUUAUCCAUCCACUCGCAACAUUUUGAAUAUGACGGCAUGGUAUUAUAUUAAAGAUAAUGUACAGUUGGAUUCUAAAAGCUGAGGUUUGUGUCAUGUCUUUGAAAAAAAUGGAAAGGAUUAUUCCUACAACGCAGGAUGAAAGGUAUUCAUUUUUAGUAUUCUUUGUGUAGUGGUUACAUUGUAAUUUGACCAAGCUGCCAAUAUUUUGCUAACCUUCCUGAUCUGUGGCAUGUCACAGCACUGAGAUCCUGUACUUCAAAGCAGUGGUAAACUACUCCGUACCAAGUUUAGCCCUUUUUACUUGACCGCAUGUCUUUUAUGCACUGUAAUGUUUAUCCUAAGGCUGUGGCAAACUCCUUUUUCGGGUUGCCUGAUGGUGGUCACAAGACAGUCAUGUCUGAAAACCCGUGCCCUCAUCAGUCCGUAGUAUUAAAGAUGGAAAUGAUCUGUAUUGAAGCACGUUUAUUUGUUGACCUGCUGUAUUGUUUACACUGCAAUGCCAGUUCUUUGUGCAAAAUUUUAGAGAUAAUAUUUAAUUCAAACAGUGUGUAAU